AUGACGUGUCAGGCACGUACAAUGGACUUUAAUCUUCGUCUUGAUCGUCUCGAGUGCGCUUUACGAUCCAAACAGUUUCAUCAACGUAUGAAACAAUAUCGGAAUGGGGUACGUACUACCAAGUCACCAUUACGAGCAUUGAUUGGCACAAGAAUAAAUGCAAAGACAAAAGUAUCAAAAUGGAACAAUAGUUUAGAAAUCCAUAAUUAUUCCAGAUUAAGCGAUAUUCGUCCACCGUUAACCUAUAAACAGUUAGUCAAACAGGCCAUUCUUGAAUCGCAAAACAAACAAUUAACAGUACAACAAAUUUAUGAAUGGAUUCAAGAAAAAUUUACAUUUUAUGAAAGAACAAAGCAAAAAUGGCGGAAUGCUGUACGGAAUACUUUGACGGUAGAUGACUGUUUUAAACGUAUUAAACGUGGCCUAUGGACUUUGAAUGAGACACAACAUUCACAAGAUGAAAGACCGACUAGGAUGACACAAUUAUCAUCAUCGAAUGAUGAAGCACCAUUACCAUUAUCCGGUCGUUUGUCUACAAAAGAAAAUGAUUAUCUACGAGAAGAACUGACAACAAUACUGUCAUUAAAAGUUGAAGAUAAUGCAUCAAGUAACGAUCAAUUUCCAAGAUCUUUAUCUAAAGAUUAUGGUUCAGAAUUGUCGAAACACGAUUAUGAUGAUAUUAAUGAACAAAUGAAUGAUUUUUGUAUUGAAACAUUGACAACGACAAGCGAUCACAAUCAAGAUAAACCUUUUGAUGAACUAUCAUCUUAUCCAACCUUAAUCAUUGAUUCAGCAUGUACUUGCAUACUUAACGAGAUGAUGGAUUUAUCGAACGAUAUGAAGGACUCUGAUUCAAUAUCCAGUACUAUGGAGAGUUCUAAAUCAAUAACAAUAAUGAAUAAUAGAAAUACGGAUGAAAUAGGCUCAUCAAUCGAUUUAAAUAAUGUUAAUUUCGAUCAAUUAAAAUCAAUGUAUCUUGAAUGCGUUGAAAAACUAAAGCAGAAUGAAACCGUUAUUGGAAAUACCAGUGUAAGAAUAAAACAAGAACGACAACCAAAAGAAGUUGAAAUAACAACGACCAGACCAAAUUUUAUACCACCAGAACGUAAGAAAAAAAAUAAAUGA